UUAUAGAGAACCUCUUGUACACAACAAAAUAUAUAUAACCUGCGUGAUAUUAUCUCGUAUAUAUAUAUAUAUAUAUAUAUAUAUUGCUGCAGCAGUAUCUAUUCGUGGAAACGCCAGUGGCUUGUGUCCGUGCGAAGUGUCAGUGGUUACAGACUUACAACCAAUAAGUACGCAACAACGGCCAAUGGAAUUGAAGCAUCACCUUGCUCUUACUAUAAUCGUCUUUUGCUUUUGCAACGGCCAGGAUGACGUUGGCAGUGGACAAGCUGAUAACAGUGUCAGGGCAAUAUAUGUGAAAAAGUUACUCAAUGGGAGUCGACCGCUAAUUGUACUCUUGGGUAACGAGGGGCAAAUAAACCACCCUAUUUGUUGGUGGUCUCAGAAGAGUGCCACGCUUGAAAAGGGAUUUGAACAUAAUUUGACAUAUUUCCGAAAGGAUAACCAGGGCCGAAGAAAGCAUGGAUCAUGGCAAGUACGAAACACGACCUAUUUAGUCAGUCGUAAGGCGGGAUCGCCGACCAUUGGUGUUAAAGCGUAUUAUGGCAAUGGCACGCUGGAUAUAGAUGUGUCAAAAGUGUAUUUAAUACUCUUCGCAAGCCCAUCCUGUUUUGUCAUGAGUACGCCGCAGAAUGACUCAGUUCCUCUAAUUGUGGUGAACAACGGUAUGAGAAAGCUACCAGAUAAUUCAAGAUGCCUUCUCUGGGCACCCUAUGAUACUGAAGGUACCACACGUAGAACCUGCGAAGAACAAUUCUUUGCACAAUGUAACAAUGUUGGGGUUUAUGCUUAUCGUUAUAGGAAAACAGUCUGUAAUGAAAUAGACAACGAAUAAAGCUGAUCAAUUUAAGAA